UUGUGGCUUCUUUGCUCAUUGUCAAAAUUUAAAUCUGAUCAAGGAGUGGUAUUCUUUCUUAGGCGGGAUGAUGGACAAGAAGAUAUUAUUAUUACUGUUUUUCUUCUGCAUUAGUCUGCACCUAGCAGCAAUUGUAUCUGCUCAACUUCAAGUUGGUUUCUACAAUACUAAAGCUAGAUGUCCACGAGCAGAAACCAUAGUUCGAGAUACGGUGCGAAGCCGGUUCGUGAAGGAUCGUUCCAUCACAGCUGCGUUGCUGCGGAUGUAUUUUCAUGACUGCUUCGUGAGGGGUUGCGAUGCAUCCAUACUGAUAGACUCCAAAAACACAAAGAACAAAAAGUCAGAAAAAGAUGCAGGAGCAAAUGGAUCAGUACGAGGAUACGAGCUGAUUGAUCAAAUAAAGAGUAAAUUAGAGGCUAUGUGUUCUAUGACAGUCUCCUGUGCGGACAUCAUUGCAUUAGCCACCCGAGAUGCAGUGGCAUUAGCUGGAGGACCGAGCUACAACAUACCCACAGGAAGGCGCGAUGGACUAGUGUCAGAUCCAUCACAAGUAAACCUACCGGGCCCUAGCUCAAACGUUCAACAAGCAUUCCAAUCUUUCAGAAGUAAAGGGAUUACAAUAAAUGAGAUGGUGACUCUUUUAGGUGGCCACACAGUGGGAAUUACACAUUGUAGUUUGUUUCAAGGUGAUAGGUUAUCAAGGGCGGAUGGUAGCAUGGAUCCCAAAUUGUUUAGCAGUCUUAGAAAGACAUGUGCUUCCAGGGGUGACCCAUCAGUGUUCUUGGACCAAAACACUUCAUUCAUUGUCGAUAACUCGUUCUACAAACAGUUGAGAUUGAAGAAAGGGAUAUUGAAGGUUGAUCAAUUACUUGCAUCAGAUAAAUCAACUGCUGGGAUUGUCGCGAAUUUCGCUUCUAAUCCAAGAGCCUUCCAACAGGCUUUCGCAAAUGCAUUGAUCAAGUUGGGUAACACUCAAGUUCUGGUGGGGAAAUCAGGAGAAAUCAGAAAAGAUUGUAGGGCUUUUAAUCCUCCUUCUCCACCACCACCUAAAGUUUCCAUUCCUCCUCCUCCAAAGAUCUUAAAAAGUCCUCCUCCUCCUCCACCACCAAAGGUUUCAGUUUCUACAACUCCUCCACCGCCGCCAAAGGUUUCAUUUUCUCCUCCCCCACCACCACUGACGAAAGUUUCAGUCUCUCCUCCUCCACCACCUCCAAAGGUUUCAGUUUCUACAACUCCUCCACCACCGCCGAAGGUUUCAUUUUCUCCUCCUCCUCCUCCUUCACCACCAAAGGUUUCAGUUUCUCCUCCUUCUCCACCACCACCAACUAACCUUUUAAGUUCUCCUCCUCCUUCUCCACCUCCUCCAGUUUUCACUAGUCCAUUGCUCCCAGAAGCUUAACACGGCUAGCUCCCUUCUACCUUCAGCUUUGCGAGCUCCACCGUUGUCAACUGCCGGUGUAGUACUUUUUCCUUCAAUUAAUUUUGAGUACGUAUGUCCUUCCUUGAUUUGUUUGUUGUUGGUUUCCAUUAGUUUUUUUUUUUUUGGAAAAAUAAUCAAAUGCUUUAUUUUUUAUUAUUUUCGCGAGAACUGGUCCUACGAUUGGUUUACAUGUGAGUUAAUCUAUACUUGUAUCAGUGAGUGAAUGUCAUAUUCUUACUUUUAUU